AUGAAUGAAACUGAAGUUGAUGUUCACCCUAUCGAAACACAUAUAACUGAAGAUGUUGACAUAGAUGGUUUGUCAAUAGCAACAUAUGACUCUGAAAAAAUAAAUAGGGUCGAUGUGAACGCUAAUUGUGACAAAGAUGAAGUUAAUAAUGAAACCAUUUUGGGAAAGGUUUUCGAUACAACCGAUGAUGUGUAUGCCUUCUAUAAUGAUUAUGCAUUUGUACAUGGAUUUGGUAUACGUAUUCAUACUACACACAAAAAUAAGGAAACAAAUGAACCUUAUCGAAAGAUACUUGUAUGCGACAAAGAAGGUUUUAUACGGGAGGAUGGUAAUACUUCAAGUGGACAUGAGAAAAAACAUCGUAGAGAAGUUAGAGUUGGAUGUAAGGCAAUGCUUCGAAUUUCAAAAAAGAAGGAUGGGAAAUGGUUUGUGGACUUGUUUGACGACACACACAAUCAUGAAUUAAGCAUCACACCAACGAAGGUGAUGAAGCAUCGGUCUCACGCGAAGUUCCACCGUACAGUGGAAUGUAAAUCUCUCAUGAUGCAACUUAAUCAAUCAGGGUUGAAACCCUCUCAAAUUAAAAAGGUAAAUGAAUCGUUGCAGGAGAAAAAAUGA